AUGGCUUUGGUGCACGUAGCAAUGGGGUUCCUGGAGGCCUUGCGCCUUUCACAAGCGUUGUAUGCCCUUCUGCUUUUUUACAUCAUCUCUAUCAUCGUCUAUCGCGUAUUCUUCCACCAGCUUGCCAAGUACCCCGGCCCAUUGCUGGGCAAGUUCACUGACCUGCCGAAGAUGAUGGCCAUGUUCCGGAUGGACCGCGUUACCUGGCAGACGAAAAUGUUGAAGAAGUACGGCGAUCCUGUCCGAAUAUCGACCAAUGAGCUCAUCUUCGGGAGCAUGAAGUCCUGGCAGGACAUCUACGGUCAGAGUUCUAACCCCUGCACCAAAGAGCCUUCCUUCUACGACAUGUUCACUGCCACUGGGGCCACCAGCAUUCUAAACGAAAUUGACCGCGGGCAGCACUCUCGCCUCCGGCGCUUGGUCUCACAUAGCUUCUCCGAGAGGGCGCUCCUCCAGGAUGAAGCCAUUAUUCGUCAAAGGGUGGACGUGUACAUUAAUACAGUCAUCGCUCCGGCGGCCAGAAGAGGCGAAUCGGUCGAUAUCUAUAACAAAACGAUGGAGCACUACCUCGAUAUUGUAAGCUAUCUCAGCUUUGGCAAAUCGUUUGACUCUAUUUCGGGCUGUGGAGAGAUGAACCAUGACGACCUUGAUCGAUUUCAAGAUAGCGUCAAGAGCUUCAGCGAAAAGGUAAAGGCGGAUCCUGAGUUUGCGAAAGGGACAUUUUUGAGGAAUCUUGUCGAUGCCGAGGACGCCGAAUCUGGAAGUAAGCUGUCAUUUGAAGAGUUGGUCGAGAAUACCAUCAUAUUCCUGGUCGCCGGAAGCGAUACCACUGCGGUGACAACGCUCUACACCAUCUGGGAGUGUGGCAGGAGGCCAGCCGUGAGGAUGAAGUUGGUGGAGGAGAUCCGAGCUGCUUUUCGUGAUCCUCAAGAAAUGCCGACUUACGAACGCGCCUCGAAACUGCCCUACCUAGACGCAGUCAUCCAAGAAACCCUUCGAAUUUGGGGACCCCUCAGCGCUGCGUUCCCUAGGGUGUCGCCUGGCCGGCUUAUCAGUGGGCAUUACAUCCCCAAGGGAACGAUUGUGUCGACGUCGUCUCACGCCACCUCCCGAGACCCGGAGGUAUUUCCCGACCCCGAAGUGUAUAAUCCAGAUCGAUGGUUAAACCCAGGGAAAGAAAUGAAGGAGAUGUCGCGGCCUUUCAGCUACGGGCCCCGAAAUUGCAUCGGCAGACACCUCGCCCAGAUCGGGUUGACGUUGACGCUUGCAAGGCUCUAUCAACUUUACGACAUGGAGAAUGAUUGCUGCAUGACGGAAGAGAUGAUGAGACCCAAGGAUAGAGGAGUCACUUCGCCCUGGGCGGCCACCGUCCUUGUCAAGCCUACUCUAGUUCACUGA